GCAUCCCUCAGCAGGUGCACCUAUGUCGUCACUGCCUAGUUACAACUGCCAGGAAGAAAAAGAUUUCCAAACUUAGUUACCAUGGCCCUCUGACACGGUGUUGCUCGUUUUAAACGCGAUUUUAGCUGUUUGUAAAACAGUUUUACGACUAGGUCUAACAUUACUUUAAGCAACGGGAGUUGUGUUUUAGAAGUUAAAUAAGAUACAGGUGGAGGUCCAGGUGGAGAAUGGGUAAAAAACAGGAGACAAAUCCGGACUCGGAGUAUGGAGAACCUGCUGAGUUUGACCCAGCAUUCAAUGGACCCAUUAAGAAAAGGGGGUGUACUGAUAUUUUAUGCUGUAUCCUGUUUAUUGCAGUCAUCCUCGGCUACAUAGCAGUCGGAAUUUUAGCUUGGCUUUUCGGGGAUCCAAGACAUGUUCUUUAUCCAAGAAACUCAACUGGAUGGUUCUGUGGCAUUGGACCAAACAUAGGCAAACCCAACCUUUUCUACUUUGACAUUCUCAAAUGUGCCACAUCUGUUAACGUUAUGGCAACCGCUCUUAAUGGGUUUCAGUGUCCAACCACACAGGUGUGCGUGGGCAGCUGUCCCACUCAGUUCUGGGCUGUGGAAAUAACCGCAUAUUUUCCAAACAAAAAGCCAAAAGACAUUUUCAAUCAAAGCCUCUGUGUACCAUCCAUUAACCUGACUAAUACUGCACUGAGUGUUCAAGAAAUUGUGAACAAGGAGCUGUGUCCUUUCUUCCACAUUCCCACGAUCCCUGUGCUGGGGAGAUGUUUGCCCGAUAUUUCAGCGCUGGGGAGGAUCCCUCCACAAUUCUCCAAUAUUUCGGGUUUACCCUCCUCAGUCAAUGACACAGUCGGCAUAAUCAUGAACGGCACUGGGGAUAUUGUGAAUGGCUUCAACGCCAGAGAGAUUGGUGUCCGCAUCUUUGAGGAUUUUGCGUCGUCAUGGCCCUGGAUCCUCCUUGGUCUGCUAAUAGCCAUGGUGGUCAGUAUGCUGUUCCUGUUGCUGUUGAGAUUCACUGCUCCAGUCAUGGUGUGGGUGCUCAUCAUAGGAGUCCUGGGCGCUGGGGCUUAUGGUAUAUGGCACUGCUACUGGGAGUAUGCCAACUACAAGCAAGCUUCUGCUACCAUCUCUAACAUUGGCUUCACCACUAACUUUCAGGUUUACCUGCAAGUCCAAGAGACGUGGCUGGCGUUCUUGAUUAUCAUAUCUGUGGUGGAGGCAAUCCUUCUUCUGACCCUCAUCUUCCUGCGGACCAGAAUCCUCAUAGCCAUCGCCCUCAUCCAGGAGUCCAGCAAGGCAAUCAGCCACAUGAUGUCCUCCCUGCUGUACCCUCUGAUCACCUUUGUUCUCGUACUGGUGUGUGUCGCUUACUGGGGCACCACUGCUUUAUAUUUGGCUACUUCAGGAGGCCCAAUCUACAAAGUGGUGGCUCUCAACUCCACUUUGAAUGGCUGUAAGAGGAUCAAUGGCACUAUGGACUGUGAUCCUCAGAACUUCAACUCGUCAGAUUACCCAGGCUGUCCCUCAGCCAGCUGCAUCUUCAUCAAAUACAACACCGAGGGUGUCUUCCAAAGGAACCUCUUCAACUUGCAGAUCUACAACGUGGUGGCUUUUCUCUGGUGUGUCAACUUUGUCAUCGCCUUGGGGCAGUGUACGCUGGCUGGUGCCUUUUCCUCCUACUACUGGGCCUUCACCAAACCAGCUGACAUCCCCAUGUUUCCCCUGUGUGGUAGCUUUAUACGCUCUCUCAGGUACCAUGUGGGCUCCUUGGCAUUUGGUGCUUUGAUACUGACCCUGGUGCAGAUAGUAAGGAUCAUUCUGGAGUACAUUGACCACAAAACAAAAGCGGCACAGAAUCCAUGUGCACGUUUCAUAUUGUGCUGCCUGAAGUGCUGCCUCUGGUGUCUGGAGAAGUUCAUCAAGUUUAUCAAUAGGAACGCUUACAUCAUGAUUGCCAUUUAUGGGAAAAACUUUUGUGUCUCAGCUAAAAAUGCUUUCUCCCUGCUCAUGAGAAAUGUCGUGAGGGUUGUGGUGCUUGAUAAAGUGACAGACCUGCUGUUGUUCUUCGGGAAGCUGCUGGUGGUCGCAGGAGUAGGCGUAUUGUCCUUCUUCUUCUUCUCUGGACGAAUACUGCUACCAGGCAACACCUUCCGCUCUGAAACCCUCAACUACUACUGGAUACCAAUUAUUACGGUGGUGUUUGGAAGCUACCUCAUAGCUCACGGAUUCUUCAGUGUGUACAACAUGUGUGUCGAUACACUCUUCCUCUGCUUCUUGGAGGACUUGGAGCGCAACGAUGGAUCUUUACAGAAGCCAUACUUUAUGUCCAAAAACCUCAUGAAGAUCCUCAACAAAUCCAACAAAGCACAAAAAAAGGGUAAAGGCAAAGACUGAAGAACAUGUUCCCACCGUGUUCAUUAUUUGUUUUUUUAACAUUCCAUUCCAUUUUAACACUCCAUUGUUUUCCAAAUAUGUUAACCAAAACUAAUUUGCACUUUUAAAUAAUUGUUUUAUUGUGUUUAUGAGCAUAUGUAGUAUUAAUGACUGUACACAUGAAAAGACUGUGUGUUGAGUGCGUCAAUGCCGGUAAUGUGAAUGUUAAGUUGCAAGGUUUUUUAAAUCAUCUUUGAUUUGACUCAAAGUCUCAAAAUAUUUAUUCUAUUGUUUUAAAGAAUACUUGUUUCUGUUUAGACAACUUAACAAUAACACUGCACCCUUGGGACAUUUUAGACUGUGUCCGUAAAUCCAGUUUAGCAGCUUUUAAUGGAGGUAAGAUUUAGUUUUUUUCUACUUUUGUCUGAGAAUCUUUCUUAGAGGAUUUAUAUGAAGGAUGUGAUUUAAGAUGGAACAAAACAAAUUGGAACAAUUGCAAAAAAAGUUCUUAUGCCUGAUAUAUAUUUAAAAUUAUAAAUACUAAACAAAUACAAAACAUUUUUAUGACCAGGUUAUUGCUUAUAUUGAAUAUAAUCUAAAAGUUGUAAAUAUGACUGUACCCUACACUACAUUACACCCUUUGACUGUUUCUCUUUAUAUACAGUCUUGGGUACAUGUAAAUAGACAGUUUGGUGGAUAUCUUUCUAAUCUUUGGUAUCUUGUUCAUUAGAUUACCCAUGUCAAAACAAAAACAAGAAAACAGUAAUUUUUUUCUUGUUUUAAAGCCUACAAAUUGUUUUCCAGGUUGAAUGAAAUAAUUUACUAAACGGAUGAUACAGAGUCCUUUGAUAUUAAAAUAAUGACAACACAGAACAAGUCAGUUUAAAUGAAGUUUUAAUAUGGUUUUGCAUGUCUCCAGUUUUAGUCUGUCAAAUCGUGACUUCCAUCACUUGUUUUUAGUGUCACAUAAACUUUAUAAAUACAAAGUGUAGCUUGAACCGACAAACACAGUAUGAAGGAAAUGACGAGCCCCAGCAGCCAUUCUGGCCAUCCUACAGAGUUUCAUCUCUGACCCUGGUGUGAAUGUGACAAACACCCGAUUCAUUAUAGCUAGUUCAGCUGAAUCCCAGUGAUAUUACACAUCAAUGACAAAAAAUCUGAGGGUGUGGAGUUGGGACAAAGUGAGUUUUCCAGUAGCCCAGUCCUCAUCUCUGCUUGAGGUUAGUAGCUCGAGGCUUCAUUAGUCACUGCUGUCACAUUAAGAUGAAUGUAUGUUACUUUUACGUUGCUCAACUGCUUCAAAAACAGUUUGUACAUUAAAAGGGAGAUCUAACAAAUGCUGUUACAAGAGAACACAUGAGCUGAAUCAUAAAGAAAACAAACAUCUAUCUAGAGGUUAGCAGACAAGUUAUUCAUUUGGGCUGCAAGCCUUUUCUUGAGUAAAAGGUAAUAAUUACUGAAAAACCAGGAACCAGAUCGUUUCUCGCUUUACAAAAGCAUCUUGAGGCCUACUUGCUCAUCUCGUCCCCUAUCGCCCUCUGUGGCUGGUCAUCCAAUCAGAACAUGUAAAAACAGCAUUUACAAUAUUCAUAUAUACAAAUAUAUAUAUAUAUAUUAGGUGUACACACUCACUCAGACACAUACAGUCAGAAAAAAAACAAAUCAACUGUGGCAGAAAGUUCAUUGAACAGUUGCUGGUCAUUCCUGUAGAUUCUCAGCGAGCUGACCCUUCCACCUCCGCGACUAAUUGAAUCCCAUUGACUCUGCCCUUAUGUGUUGUGUAGCAUCUCAUUCAGCUACUAAGUAGUUGGAAUUUUUCUCUCUUCACAAUUUGCUCUGUAAUUGACAAACUGUGUGUCAGAUUGCUUUUUACUCUCUCACAUUGAUGCAAAUAUUUCCCAAACUGGCCCUUUAACAGUACACUUAGCCAUCUUUGUACAGCUUUGUGAGGAAAGACACAACAAGUGGUUAAACACCAGCACACGCUUCAAUCUUUAGGACAGUUCCGUAUACAAAUGACUUCACAGUGCAAUGGCAGGUUUUGUUAAGACAAAUGUAUAUAUAAAAACAAUGCAUCCAUCUGUGCUAUUUCCAUCUGUCCAUCCGUUUGUAAGAGUAAAUCACAAAUUCUAGAAGUACUUUUUUUAAUUCACAAAGGAAUUGUUAACAGGAACAUAAUUCAUUUACAAUUUUCAUCCCCCGGCAUUGUACAUGACUGGU